AUAAUUUGUAUUUAUUAAAAUGAGCGCGAUAUAAAAAAGCAAAAAAAAAAAACGCGACACGCCCAUAAUGGUGUGGCGCGUUCUGACGCUUCUCCACGUCGCAACUCAACCCGACAGCCAGAGAGCUUCGUGUGCGUGUCUCCAUCUAGGCCAGAGAAUGAUGGCGGCGCCCGUCCUGAGAGUGUCCACCCCUCGAUGGGAGAGAAUAGCCCGGCUCCUCGUAUGUCUACUAGGCAUCGUAUUGUCUUUAUACGCCUUCCACGUGGAAAGGGAAAAGGCUAGGGAUGCGAGCUAUCAGGCGAUCUGCGACGUCAGUACUUCCAUCAGCUGUUCCAAAGUGUUCACCUCAAGAUGGGGACGAGGCUUCGGGCUCCUGGGCUCCAUCUUCGGGAACGAUAGCGCGCUGAACCAGCCCAACAGCGUCUACGGGAUCUGCUUUUACGCUUUUCAGCUUUUACUUGGAAUGACGGUCAGCGCAAUGGCGGCCCUCAUCCUCAUGACCACGUCCAUCCUGUCGGUCAUGGGCUCCAUGUACCUGGGAUACAUCCUCUACUUUGUCCUGGAGGACUUUUGCGUCAUCUGCGUGACCACGUACGUGCUGAACUUCAUUCUCUUUCUCCUCAACUACAAGCGCCUGGUGUACUUGAACGAGGCUUGGAAACAACAGCUCCCGGUCAAGCAGGACUAAGUUGCGUGGAUGUGUGAGAGAGAAAGAGAACGAGAACGAGAACGAGAAAGAGAGAGAGAGAGAAAAAAGUUACAAAAAAGUGAUGUGACCUCUGAACAUUUGACUUGCCGCCAGGAGACCUUGCUUCCAAAACGAUGUUUAUUCUGCUGUGUGUUCCAUUAAAAAAAAAAAACAGAAAAAAAAAACGAAAAAUUCUCUUUAAAAAAAAA